CGGGGUGGGGACGCGGGCCCGGGGCAGCCUCCAGCCUCGUGUUGCGGGGCCGGAGCUCGCGUCCAGCCCGGGACCCGGUCCCCAGAGCGCCCCUCAUGUAGCAGGGCGAGGCGCGGGGCCAGGGGCAGGCAGGGCGUGAGGGGGCAGCCACUGUGAAUGUUGGGUGGAGGGGGGAGGGGCACGGGCAGGGGAGAGCAGCCUUGCCCCGGGGGGUGACUGGUUUUGGGGCUUCGGAGGAUUCCCCCCUCCCCUCUUUGGAGCACAGUGGAGGAGGAAUGCCCAACCCAGAGAGACAUGGGGGCAAGAAGGAUGGGGGUGGAGGGGGGUCCUCACAGCAUGCAGCCAGCAGCGGCAGCUCAAACAGCAGGGAAAGGCACCGGCUGGCCACCAAGCACAAGAGGCACAAGUCCAGGCACUCCAAAGACUCGCCGCUGGCGGCCCAAGAGACGACGGCGCCACUCGGUGCAAUGAUCAAGCCACUGGUGGAGUACGACGACAUCAGCUCAGACUCAGACACCUUCUCGGAUGAUGUGGCCCUCAAACUGGAAAGGAGGGAGAACGAUGAGAAGAAAGGGGGUUCGGACAGGAGCGACAGGCUGCACAAGCACCGGCAUCACCAGCACAAACGUAUUCGUGAGCUGAUGAAGAGCAAGCAGGCAGAAAAGGAAAAGAAACUGGAAAAGAACCAGGAGGUAUCCGGCAGGUUGGGGUCCAUCAAGGACAGGGUGGCCGGGACCUCCAAGAGACUGAAUGAGGAGAAUGAGGAGCAUCCUAAGUCACAGUCCUCAAAGAGCAGUGGCAAAGAGUCCCGCUCAGCCAAAGCGCACAAGGAGAAGUCCCGGAAGGAGCGGGAGCUCAAGUCUGGCCACAAAGACCGAAGUAAAAGCCAUCGGAAAAGGGAGGCUCCAAAGAGCUACAAAUCUGCUGACAGUCCAAAGCGGAAAUCCAGGAGCCCCCAUAGGAAAUGGUCUGACAGCCCUAAACUGGAUGACAGCCCCUCGGGAGCAUCCUACAUCCAGGAGUAUGACUUCAGCCCCCCACGCUCGCACACGUCUAGCAACUAUGACUCUUACAAGAAGAGCCCUGGUGGCUCAUCAAGGAGGCAGUCACUCAGCCCGCCCUACAAGGAACCUGCAGCCUACCAGUCUAACACUCGGUCUCCAAGCCCUUACAGCCGGAGGCAGAGGUCUGUCAGCCCAUACAACAGAAGGCGCUCUUCGAGUUACGAGAGGGGAAGCGGGUCAUACAGUGGGAGGUCACCCAGCCCAUAUGCCCGACGACGCUCAAGCAGCCCUUUUGUUGUGAAGCGGUCAGUGAGUCGAAGUCCAGUACCCAGGAAGUCUGUGAAGUCCCGAAGUCGAAGUCCUGCAUAUUCAAGGCACGCGUCAUCUCACAGUAAAAAGCAGAGAUCUGGUUCACGCAGUCGCCAUUCCAGCAUAUCGCCUGCUAGACUACCGUUGAACUCUAGUCUUGGUGCAGAGCUCAGCAGGAAGAAAAAGGAGCGAGCUGCUGCAGCAGCAGCAGCAGCAAAGGUAGAUGGGAAGGAGGCAAAGGAUUCACCUGUCUUCACGUCUAGAAAAGAAAACAGCUCAUCUGAGGUAAAGGAGUUGGGGACGGAGCCAAAAAAGGUAACCAAAAUAAUUAAAUCGGAGAAGUCAUCCUCAGAUACAGAACUGGUUAACUUGAUACAUGUGAAUGCAGAGACUAAAACAUCAGUAGAGACAAAAAUCAAGGCAGAAGAGAACUCUGAGAGGAAGCAUCCCCCUCCAGUUAAAGAUUCAAAAACAAUGGGGAAAAAAGAUUUGAAGCCAGUAGUAGUGAAAGAGGAGAUCGUGACUCCAAAAGAGACUGAGCCAACAGAAAAGGAAAACCCGUCCUUGCUGCCCUUGAUCAAAUCGCCUCAACCUCCUCCUCUACCGACAACCACCCCGCCACCUCAGACUCCACCAUUGCCCCCUUUGCCUCCAUCACCUGCUGUUCCACCUAUGCCACCCUCACAGGUGACUCCUGUUCAGGUCCCUACAUCAGUCCCAGCCUCUCUGCCAUCUUUGUCCCACCCACGGACAUCUGCUUUAUCCACUCAGGCCAACUCUCAGCCCUCUGUCCAGGUCUCCAUGAAAACACAAGUGUCUGUAACAGCUGCUAUCCCACACCUGAAGACUUCAACGUUGCCUCCACUCCCGCUCCCUCCCAUUUUAGUUGGGGAAGAUGACUUAGAUAGUCCCAAGGAGAUUGUUCCUCCAAAACCUGUGAAGAGAGAGAGAGAGCAGAGACCUCGGCACUUACUCACUGACCUCCCGCUUCCUCCAGAGCUUCUUGGAGGGGAUCCAUCACCCCCAGAGUCUCCAGAGCCAAAGGCAGCCACACCACCUCAACCACCAUUCAAAAAGAGACCAAAAAUUUGUUGUCCUCGUUAUGGUGAGAGGAGACAGACUGAAAGUGACUGGGGCAAGCGUUGCGUGGAUAAAUUUGAUAUUAUUGGGAUUAUUGGAGAAGGAACAUAUGGGCAAGUGUACAAAGCCAAGGACAAAGAUACAGGUGAGCUGGUUGCCCUAAAGAAGGUGCGGCUGGACAAUGAGAAGGAGGGCUUCCCUAUCACAGCCAUCCGCGAAAUCAAAAUUCUCCGACAGUUGAUCCAUCGCAGCGUUGUUAAUAUGAAGGAAAUUGUUACAGACAAAGAAGAUGCACUAGAUUUCAAAAAGGACAAAGGUGCCUUUUACCUUGUGUUUGAAUACAUGGACCAUGAUCUAAUGGGGCUGCUAGAAUCUGGCUUAGUACAUUUCUCAGAGGACCAUAUCAAGUCUUUCAUGAAACAGUUAAUGGAGGGUUUGGAUUAUUGUCACAAAAAGAAUUUUCUUCAUAGAGACAUUAAGUGCUCCAACAUCUUAUUAAACAACAGUGGACAGAUCAAACUUGCAGAUUUUGGACUUGCCCGACUGUACAGCUCUGAAGAGAGCCGUCCAUAUACGAAUAAAGUCAUUACAUUAUGGUAUCGACCUCCAGAAUUGCUGCUAGGUGAGGAGCGUUACACACCAGCCAUAGAUGUAUGGAGCUGUGGUUGUAUCCUCGGGGAACUGUUUACAAAGAAACCUAUUUUUCAAGCCAAUCUGGAACUGGCUCAGCUUGAAUUAAUCAGUCGACUCUGUGGGAGCCCCUGCCCAGCUGUGUGGCCGGACGUCAUCAAGCUGCCCUACUUCAACACUAUGAAACCUAAGAAGCAAUACCGAAGGCGUCUGCGUGAGGAGUUCUCCUUCAUUCCUUCAGCUGCUCUCGAUCUGCUGGACCAUAUGCUGACUCUAGACCCCAGCAAACGUUGCACAGCAGAACAGGCCCUGCAGAGCGACUUCCUCAAGGAUGUUGACCUCAGCAAGAUGGCUCCUCCAGACCUCCCUCACUGGCAGGAUUGCCACGAGCUGUGGAGCAAAAAGCGGCGACGGCAGCGGCAGAGUGGAAUUGCAGUAGAAGAGCCGCCGUUGUCUAAAGUUUCUCGGAAAGAAACUACCUCUGUAACGAGCACAGACACUGUCAAGAACAACAGCAGCCCAGUGCAUCCACCACCUGCCCCACUCAAGACCGAGCCCAGUGUUGGAGAUGCAGUAGGCCUUGGAGAAAUCACACAGCAACUGAAUCAAAGUGAACUGGCUGUUUUACUGAACUUGUUGCAGAGCCAGACUGAUCUCAGCGUCUCACAGAUGGCCCAGCUGUUGAAUGUACACUCUAACCCAGAGAUGCAGCAGCAGCUGGAAGCUCUCAACCAGUCCAUCAAUGCUUUGACAGAAGCCACAGCUCAGCAGCAGGACUCUCAGAAAGUGGCCGUGGAGGAAGCUGUAGAAGAGCCACCUGCUGAAGUCCAGGCACCAGAGGAGCAGGCAACUCCAGAACCAGCUAGCACUCAGGGAGAUGUGCAGAAUGUGCUGGCCGUUCUACUGAGUCAGCUCAUGAAGACCCAGGAGACUGAUAACCUGGAGGAAAGCAAUGGGGAAAAAAGCAGUGAGCAACGGGGGCCAAGGAAAACCCCUACAGUGCAUCAGGAGGAAAGCACAGCAUGUCCUCCUCGCAUUCUCCCACCAGAGAAGAGACCCCCAGAGCCCCCUGGACCACCACCGCCACCACCUCCUCUGUCUGAAGGAGAUAUCUCCAGUGCUGCACAGGAGCUGAACCCAGCCGUGACGGCUGCUCUGCUGCAGCUUUUUUCUCAGCAAGAGGCGGAGCCGCCAAGCCACCAGACGCAUGAAAACCAAGCCUUGAGAUCUGCAGAUUACGCCAGAUCGCACUCAUCCAGGACUUACAAUACUGAGGGGCCUGAGGGGGGAUUUGGUGCUGAUGAGCGGAAUUCUGGCCAAACUUUAACAGAAUCCUCAGCCCAGACUCUGGGGAAAAGCAGGACCUUUUUGGGCUCUGUGAGCCACCUUGGGGAGUCAAGCAAUUACCAGGGCACAGGAUCUGUCCAGUUUCCAGGGGACCAGGACCUCCGCUUUGCCAGAGUCCCCGGAGCAUUACACUCUGGGCAGUCCUUUGUAAAAGCCGAGGGGAGCAACAACACACUGGUACACCCAGAGGCCAAAAUUCAAAACUACAGCGAGCUGGGAUCAGGGACUGCUGGUUCCAGUGGGGCAGGAACAGGUCACAACUGGGGUGCCCCCACCCAGGCUGCUUCUUAUGGGAAGGCCUACCGUGGGCCUAGUAGAGUGCCUCCAAGGGGGGGAAGGGGGAGAGGUGUUCCUUAUUAACAGACUUGAGUUGUGUGCUGAUCUCCUUCCCUCCCUUGCCUCUCGACCUUUAGCGAAAUGAUUUUUUCCAGAGCAAGGUAUCAUCUGCAUUUCAGCUACUGCAAAGCUCUAUGUUGUAUUCCUUGCUCGCUAGGCUGCUAGCAGGUACCCUACAAGAUGCUGUAGAAUCCCAACUUGGGUGUCCUGCUAGCAAAACCUCUCAGACUCGGUUAGUGACAAAAACCAGAGUUUUCUGCCCUAGCUGGUAGAUGGUUAAAAAAUAUUUAAAAAAAGAGGGAAAAUAUUUGGAAGGAAUAAAAUUGUUUUACUAGCCUGGCACCAGUGUUUCUCAGAAAGAGAGAACCAUCCUAGUGUUCAGGUAGGACUCAGAGAGGGUCAGUUUCACAAGGUAAUUACUUGUUUUGUUUCUUUUUUUUUUUUUCAAUCCCUUUAAAAAAAAAACAAACAAACAAACAAAAACCUGUUGCUAGAAUGGCACCUAGAUCACCUAUACUGAAUUUGGAGAACCAGGAAAUGGCACUGGCUUGUGUUAAGAAUUUUUAUUAAGCAUCUCCUUCUUUCCACUAAGCAGCUGGACACCCUUUUCCCCUCUUUUCUUUCCCAAGUCAAACCUUCUCUCCAGGUUACAUGUUUGGGAUGCCGUGAGCCCAAUCUUGUUGGCUCCCAGACGCUAGAUCACUUAUAUUUUGAUCGUAGCCUUAGUGCGUUGGCUUUUGUGAAGGGUCUCUUUGGGUUUUAUAUAUUUUUUCGUCUGCCAUACAUUUACAAUGGAACUGGUCUUUUUAGAAGCUCAAGAGCCGAAGAGAACUCCUAACUUAAAAUAUAUAUCUUUGUAAAUCUUCAAUUCCAAAACAUUUUUUAAGUGUUAAGGGAAAAAAGGGUUGGCUUUUUUUUUGUUCUAGUGGGGAAACUUUACCAUCCGGAAGUGUCUUAUGUAAACGUCAGUUGUAGUCUUGGAGCUGAAGUCUGUCUGACAGCAUUUUAAAUUGGGCUGGCAGCAUUUCAGUACUUCAAGGGUUAACUGGCGUUAAUGUAUAAUUUCUAUUCACAAGUAUAUUUUUCUUGUCAAGGAAGUAUUUACAAUGAAUUUUCUCCUCUUGCAGAACAUUGCAAUGUUGUCCAUUUCAGUGAAAUUUAAACAGGAAAAAAAUGAAUAAAACCUAUGUAUUUAUGGGCUUUUUCAAGUGGGCCUUUCCUACAGAAAACAUGACACAUCACUACUUUUCAUUUUAAAAAUGACAGUGUUUGAAAUAUAAAAUGGAUUGGGAUUCAUGAAGCUGCGAGACCUUAUUGCAAAAGAAAUUUAGGAUUUUCUUUUCUUUUUAUAUCUUAAAAAAAAAGUUAAAGACAAAAAACCCCCACACCCUUGAAGGUGAUCCAUCGUUACCUGGAGGGGGAAAAAAUCUGCCUUAAACAGAGCCAAGCAACUGUGUAAGGAAUAACUUUGCAGAGGAAGGAGGGAGGGAUGAGGAGAAUGCCUGUAAUAAUGAGCCCCUUGUAUGAAUAAAAAAAAAAAGAGCAAAAUGUUAUGUUGUUGAUUCAGCAAAGACUUGUAACACGGUUUGUAAAAUUCCAAAUGUAAGUUUUCAGGGUUUUUUUUUUUCCCCCAAUUGCCAGUUCAUGCCUAAUGUGCAAACCCCAGUACUGUAAGAACAUACAGAGUGCACUAAAAAAAAAAGGUGGUAACCUCUAGACACUUAAAUAUACUCAUACUUUUUCCUUGUCAAUGUUCAGCUGCCAGCUGUUCUGGUAUGUUUUAAGGUGCCCUGGCUUUUCCUCCCUAGCCCGUCUAAUUUAUAUGGGGAAAUUGUUACAGCACUGAAUCUCUACAGGAAACGGAUGCCUCCAUUUUUUUAUUUUCCUUUCUACUUUAUCAGUUUCAUCCAUGGAUUUGUCAGCCUUACCAGAAGCAUUUUAAGGAACGUUCAUCUGUUUGAAAUCCCCCUCCAGUGUUACUCAUCUAUGUGCUUUUCUCAACUACUCAUGGGGUACCAAGCCUCUGUCUUGGAGAGUUCUCUAUGUGACCAGACCCCUUCAGCUUCCCAGUAGACUGUAGCCUCUGUAUGUGGAGCAGCUGACAGGAUUGAUGGCAUGAUCUUUCCUUGCUUUUGUAGUGGAACUUGUCUCCAAAUUCCGAAAAUAAUUGGUGCUGUUCCCUCCCACCUGUCCCUCAGUGAAUAGAGAACUUUUGCCCUGCCAGAUUUCCUCACCAAAGUGAAUGAGUAGUCAUUGACACUGUCUACAUCUUCGUUCCAAACAACCUGCUAUAAUUAUAGGUUAUCUACAAAUGUUUCAGCAGUCAGUAACUUUAUGCAGGAUGCCCUGAACUGUGCUGUGGAUCUCAAAGGGAGUGAUGAUUGCAAGAUGAAUUUUUGUUCCCCUUUUGGGUAUGCAACUUAAGAUAAUAAAGAUCUUGUUUUUUAAAGUUUUAGGUUCAGGAUUCCUGUACACACCCUUUUCACUUUUUUGGGCAUCAUCCAGUGCUACUUCCAAUCAAUGGAACCCACCUGCCUACUUCAAUAGGCACUAAAGUCAUGCUUUUUAAAUACCUUGACAUUUUUGAGAAAGACAUGCUAUUUAUUUAUGUGCACCUGGGUUAUUUGUUUGUUUGCAUUUUUUCCUUUUAGACAUGGUGGGGAAACUUUUUGGCAGAAUUAAAUUUCUUGGAAUUGACCAAGCUCCAUCCAAAAACGUUUUUUCUAAAUUGUACCAUGAAGACAAUAAUCCUAUUCAAAGAUGCGACUCGCACAGAGGAGAAAAUAUGGCUUUACUUCUGAUGAUGGGAGCAGUAGGUGGACAGGGCGCACCCACUUGAGUUCAAGGGCACAUAUCUUUACCUUGUAUUCCUGAUCCUGGGGGUGGGGAGUCAUGGAAGCCAUUCAUUUUUUCUCUUUCAUUAUCAGUAUCUAAAUUUAUGUGAAGGGACUCUGUAUAAAGAAGACUAAAGGAUUUAUACAGGAAAACCAAUUGCAUGUAUUAAAUUAAAACAGCUGGUGGUGCCAGUUAGAAAGUUCAUCAGAAGGCAGUACACCCCUCUUUCUUUUUUUUCCUUAAUAUGGAAUAUCUUUGGGUUUAAAUGCCAAUGUCCAAAACCUGUAGCCACUGUGUUCCCCAACAGAGAAGUGUCUGAUAAAACAUCUUUAUUGUACCUCUCCCAAGUUUCAUUUUUGAGACUGAGCGCGCCUUUUUUUGGUUGUACCUUUGUCUCUGUACAGAUAUUUUGUAAUAUAUUAAAUUUUUUUUCUUUUCAGUUUAUAAAAAUGGAAAGUGGAGAUUGGAAAAUUAAAUAUUUCCUGUUACUGUA